GCUUCGGCGUCUUCUUGGGACGCGCGCGGGCUGAGGGACGCGCGGGAGCCGGGCGGGCAGCGAUGGCGCGGCGCGCGGGGAGGUAGCCCGGCGGGACGCCGGGAGCGCGGGGGCCGCCAUGGCCCGGCGGCGGCGCCGCGCUUUUAUCGGGCUGUUCCUGGUACUGCUUUUCGCCUUCGGCACCCUCAUGGGCCUACGCACGCUCAAGGCUCCGGACGGACUCCCGGCGCUGGGCCCGGGCCUGGAGCUGGCGCCCUUUGAGAGACGUCCAGAGGGGGGCCCCGCGCCCGCUGCCCGGGCCCCGGCCGCCCCCGCCGCCCCGCCGCCGCCGCCGCCGCCGCCCCGCACCGCGGGCCCGGGCAGCUCCCCGGGGCCGGCCCCCGCGGAGGCCGAGCCCGCUCCCGGGCAGAGUCUGCGCGUCUACUCGGACCUGCACGCCUUCUACUACUCGUGGUACGGGAGCCCGAGGCGCGAGGGCCACUACAUUCACUGGGACCACGUCAUGGUGCCGCACUGGGACCCCAAGAUCUCGGCCAGCUAUCCCCGCGGACGACACAGCCCCCCCGAUGACUUGGGCUCCAGCUUCUACCCAGAACUGGGGCCUUACAGCUCCCGGGACCCCGACGUCCUGCGGGAGCACAUGACCCAGCUAAAGGAAGCCGCCAUCGGCGUUCUGGUCCUGUCCUGGUAUCCACCUGGCAUGGCUGAUGAUAACGGGGAACCCUCAGAUGACCUGGUGCCCGCCAUUCUGGACACCGCCCAUCAGUAUAACAUCCAGGUGGCCUUCCACAUCCAACCCUACAAGGGCCGGGAUGACAUCACUCUGCAUGACAACAUCAAGUACAUCAUUGACACGUACGGCUCCCAUGGUGCAUUUUACCGCUAUAAGAACAGCAUGGGUAAGAGCCUCCCACUCUUUUACAUCUACGACUCCUACCUGACAUCCCCCGAAGCCUGGGCCCACCUCCUGACACCAAACGGGCCCCACUCAAUCCGCAACACCCCCUAUGAUGGGGUCUUCAUAGCACUGCUGGUGGAGGAGGGCCACACCCACGACAUCCUGGCCGCUGGAUUUGAUGGCAUGUACACCUACUUUGCCUCCAACGGUUUUUCCUUCGGCUCCUCCCAUCAGAACUGGAAAGCUGUGAAGAACUUUUGUGAUGCCAACAACCUCAUGUUCAUUCCCAGCGUAGGGCCUGGCUACAUCGACACCAGCAUCCGGCCCUGGAACAACCACAAUACGCGGAACAGGGUCAAUGGCAAGUACUAUGAGACAGCCCUGCAGGCGGCCCUGACAGUGAGGCCCGAGAUUGUCUCGAUCACCUCUUUCAAUGAGUGGCACGAGGGCACCCAGAUUGAGAAGGCCAUUCCCAAGAAGACGCCGACUCGGCUGUAUCUGGAUUACCUGCCCCAUCAGCCCAGCCUGUACCUGGAGCUGACGCGCCGCUGGGCAGAGCACUUCAUCAAGGAGAAGGAGCAGUGGCUGAUGUGA